AUGGAAUCAAAUGGAACGCGCAAAGGGCCGCUGCCUGGAGGUCGCCAGGGCGCGUCUGGAGCUGGCGCUGGACGCGACAGCAUGCGAACCGCCAGCCGAGCGCGAGGUGCUGCACGACCACCCAGCAGCUCCUCGCAUCCAUCAUCCCCACCAGCUGGCUUGGUGUCGGCAGGGUCUUCGCGGGCUCAGCAAUCGGCACCCGCCACUGAUGGAGUACGCAGCAUGCGUUGGACAACCCAGAUGAACAGCAACGCAUUGCGGGCGUAUUUUAGGGCGAAAGGGGGAGAAACUGGAGGUUUUGCGUAUCGGGCAAGGAUGCAUCGACUUUUUGAUGAGCUGGAGCCAUCUGUAACCGUCACCGAGCAAAACCUGGCAGACCGAGUUCGGUAUAUCUUGCGCUCAAAUACAUUUGAUGUCACCGAACUCGAACGGCUACGACGUGAGGCUGUUCCUUCAUCGGGUGAAAAUGCUGCGGCUGAGGAUGCGGCGCCACAACUUGCUGAGCAAACGGCAAAUGUGGAUGCCGCCGUGAAUACGCCAGUUGUGGUUGAUUCGAACGAUGAUGGAACAGUCGCCCAGGAACUGGAACUAGAGCAAAUGAGGAGUACAUUGGAAGAGGCGUUUGUGGAAACGCGCAGUACGACUCUCGAAAAUCGACCGCGACUUCCCCGCUUAGCCCUAAGCAAGCGGAAUCGGGCUGUGGUGAGGGCUCUGAACCCAAUGCUGGUUACCUAUUUGGAAGCCAGCCGGGACCUUUGCGAUACGGACUCAAUUCUUUUUGGCGCCGCACUGGCAGUCUGCCGUAUUAUAGGUGCCAAACUUUCCACAGCUGGACGCGCUACUGGACAAAGUAGUGCUAUCCCAGCCCGGAGAAUAAGAAUUGAAGAACGUAUCGCAAAGGCUAGAGCUCUCAUCGGCAGACUGAUAUGCUUCAGAUCAGGCAACAACAGGCCAAGAAUUGUGCACACCAUUAGGAUGGCGUUUGCUGGGACAAAUGUCAGUUUGUCCCAGCCGAAUAUAACGCAAAAACUGACGGAGCGCAUAGAUGAUCUGAAGCAGAGAAUCGCUGCUUGGGGAAAGCGGAUUCGGCGAUAUACCGAGAGGUCGACACGGUUCAACCAGAAUCGUCUCUUCCAGAGUGAUCAGAAGAGGCUCUAUGAAUCAUUGGAGCGACCAAUGGUAAGUGGAACGGGUCCAGCACCGAAUCGGGCCGACCCUGUAGCAUUCUGGCGCGGCCUGUGGUCAGAGCCCGUAAACCACAGCGAGGGCCCUUGGACGGAAGUUGUAGCGAGUCAGUGUGCGGAUAUUACGCCCAUGGACCCCGUCAUCAUAACGCUGGAUGACGUAGCUGAGGCGGUCCGUAGGGCCCCGAACUGGAAAAGUCCAAGGCUUGACGGGCUGCAUCACUACUGGCUGAAGGGGUUCAUGAACCAAACCAGAUGCGAAAACUAUAUUGAAACCCCCAAUAAUAAUAAUAUAUUUGAUGGCGCUGAACUCGAACGGCUACGACCUGAGGCUGUUCCCUCAUUAAAUAAAAAUGCUACGGCUGAGGAUGUUGCAGAACAACCCACACACGUGGAUACCGCCGUGAAUUUCCCAGUGGUGGCUGAUUCAAAUGAUGAUGGAACAUUCGCCCAGGAACUAGAUAUAGAGCAAAUGAGAAGUACAUUGGAAGAGGCGAUUUUGGAAACGCGCGGUACGCCUCUCGAAAAUCGACCGCGACUUCCCCCGCAUAGCCCUAAUCAAGCGGAAUCGGGCUGUCGUGAGGGCUCUGAACCCAAUGCUUUGACCUAUUUGGAAGCCAGCCGGGACAUUUGCGAGACGGACUCAAUUGGCUUUGGCGCCGCGCUGGCAGUCUGCCGUACUAUAGGCGCCAAGGUUUCCACGGCUGGACGCAUUACUGGCCAAAGUAGCGCUAUCCCAGCAUGGAGAAGAAGAAUUGAGGAGCGUAUAGCAAAGGCUAGAGUUCUCAUCGGCAGACUGAUAUGCUUUAGAUCAGGCAAUAACAGGUCAAGAAUUGUGCGCACCGUCAGGAUGGCGUUUGCUGGGACAAAUGUCAAUUUGUCCCAGCCAGAUAUAAUAUAA